AAAUGGGAAAUAUUGAUGAAAGCGAUAAUAGUAGUUUUGGGUUCUUGAGAGCCCAUGACGAUCUAUUCCAGAAGCAGAUUAUAACAUCUGGCUCUAAAGAUUAUUUGACUCCUGUUGAAGGCUCAACAUGCGAAUUUACUCUUGAAAACCUAAUAGAUGAGAACAACUGUGCUUUCCCUAGCUCCCCUCUGCAAGUUGGCUUUCACAACUCUUUUCCUUCUUACUUGUUGAGUAGAGCACUUCAAACAAUGACUCUGAAUGAAAAGUCACGCUUUUCAGCACAAUAUGGCAGAGAAUGGAUUUCAUUUGAAGUUUGGUUGCUGAGUUUUGAAGAGAAACCGGAGGUGUACACUUGGACAAAAGAACAUAAACUAGAUAUGUGCCAUUCGCUGAAGAAGCUCGGUGGCGAUUUGUUCAAGAAAAAUGAUUACCUGUGGUCGUUUCACAACUAUCAGAGAUCUUUGGUGUUUCUCAGUUUCACCAAAGACAGUGACGAUGAGAUGAUGGACUUAAAAGCCCAGCUUAUUUCCAAUAUUGCUUUAUGUCAGAGUAACUUGAAGCCAUCGUGCUCCGAAAAACCCAUUGCGAAUCUCACUUUGGUGCUUCAAAUGGAACCUAACAACGUCAAAGCACUUUUCAGACGUGCCAAACAUUUCCUGUCCUUGAAUGAUUUUGAAAGAGCCGAAGAAGAUAUUGAGAAGGCGUAUGCCCUGGACCCGGCCAAUGCUAAAAUUCUGGAGCAGAAGCAACUUCUGAAGAAGAAAAUGCAGGAACAUGAUGGGUUCACAGCAUCUGCCAUGGCCAAGUUCUUCGGAUCCAAAUGAGGGCAAUUCUCGCAUCUUCUCAGCAAAGAAUGCUAUGGUCCAAAUUUACACCGCUGAGUUGGAGGUAGACAUGUCAUCGAUGAUUGAAAAAGAAUGUGUGACCACUCCAAGAUUUGCUUCAAGGCAAAUCGACAACAUUGCUUAAUGCGACACUAUAUUUCCCGGUACAUAUCAAUUUUGUGUGAAUAUUUGAGGAUUAAACCUGCCUGAUAUUUGUUUUAUUCAGAAUGAUGUUGUAGAUACGUUUGGUCUAAAAAUUGCAAAGGUAAGUUAUUACUGACAUACGAUAAAUUUAUAUGCGCUUUUGUUGUGAUGGGAACGACUAAUAAUGUUGGUCUUAACGAGAUAUACUUAUGACUGCUGUAUUAGUGUAUGCGUUCUUAGCAUUUGUUCUUGUGCUUUUGUGUUUCAGUCGGCAUGGGUCGUACAACUUAUAAAUUUUAU